ACUGGUGUACCUCGUGCUUAUGUUUUCAUCUUUCGUGUUUAAUGAACUCAUGUUUUUAUUAAAUUAUACUUUUCGAUUUGAAGAGUUAUAUUUUUUACUAUUUUAAAUAUAUUUAUUUACAAAGAUGAAGAAUAAACCACACCGCCAUAAGGAAAAAAAUACAUUUAGAUUUCAAUCAUUUAGUGAAAGAAUAACAGAAAUUGAUGUUGAUGUUAUUCAUCGAGUUGGCCAUACUUAUGAGAAUAUUGAUGAUUCACAAAAAACUAUAUUUGCUCAGGCAAUUGAACGCUGGAAUGACCUUAAUAAAUCUGAAAAUUAUGAUCAGUUAUGCUGUGAUUUAAAACCAUUACAGUUAGAAAGCCUUCCUCAGCUAUUAGCUAGAAAACAAGAAAUAGCUGGUAUUUUGUUUAAAUAUCUUGAAGAACCUAAUUCCCUUUCUAUUCAAGCUCUUUUAGAAUUUGUUGUAGCAUUUGCUCAAGAUUUGCAGCAGGAAUUUUAUGAGUAUUUUCCUGAAUUUUUAAAAUGUUGUAUAAAAUUAUUAAAAACUAAGGAUCCUGAACAAAUUGAAUGGUCAUUUACUUGUUUAGCUUAUUUAUUCAAGUUCUUAUGGCGUUUGAUAAUUCGAAAUGUAAAACCUGUGUUUGAAUGUGUAGUUCCAUUAUUAAGUGGUGAUCAACCAUCAUAUGUGAAUGAUUUUGCAGCAGAAUGUUUUUCUUUUGUAGCUAGAAAAGUAAAAGAUAAAAAAAAUUUUUUGAAAUUAAUUCUUAAAAAUUUAAAACAUAAAAAGGAUAGUAUUUAUGGUUGUUCUAAACUGCUAUUUGAAGUGAUUAAAGGAAUUUCCGGAGGUUUACAUAUUUGUGCUGAAAGCUUUUUACCAGUAUAUUUAAACUCCCUUUGUGAUACAGAUUUAUCCCAUAAAUUGCUUUAUGAAAUUAUAGAUAUGCUAUUUGAUAACAUUUUCAACUAUAUAGAUCCUAAGAAGACCUUAAUCAUAUGGACUAUUCUUAAGAAUACAGCAUCAGACUUUUUAAAAAACUACGAAAACAAUAAAAAUGAUAGGACAAGUGAAAAUUUUAACCAAAUAUUACUGCUUUGUCUAAAAUUUAUUAAUCAUAAAAAUGGUGUUUGUAUUCAAAAUUUCACUGAAAUUUUUGAAUGGUUAUGUGUAUACUUAGAUUACCAGUCUCAAUUAGCACAAGAUCACUUACAUACAUUAGCUUCUAUUGUUAGUACAGUUUGUUUAUUCAGAACUAGUUUGCCAUCUUAUCAGUGUUAUUCUUUAAUUGUAAAGGUUAUGUCAGUGAAGUAUAUUAAUAUUAUAGUAUCAUUUGUUGAGCAAAUGUAUUCUUACAUUAAUUUUGAGCUAUCAAUUAUGCAGUCAUUUUUAAGUUUUAUUUCUGAAUUGAUAAGUGCAAAUCAAGAAAUUCCUAAAAGUAUUAUUAUUUGUUUAGCAAGAUAUUUAAGUGAUAAUUCUCCAUUACGAUCAUAUAGCUUCAAAAAAUGGAGAAUUAAUUAUGUUAAUACUUUGUAUGGAAAACACAAUGGUAGUGAAGUAAUAGGAGAUUAUGUUAUUCAAUGUUUGGAAUAUUUUAAUAAAGAUAACUUUAAUGCUGAAGAUAUAACUUGCUAUUUAAUUUUACUUCAACACUUUUGUCACAAUGAAGUUAAAGCUACUAAUAUUUUAAAAAAUAUAACUGAAAUUAUAGUUAACAACUUGGAUCAAGGAGAUAUUGCAAAUUUAUUUUGUUUUUUGAAUAUUAUAGAAACUAUUUUAAAACUUGAAGAAGAUCCUAAUUCAUGGUUUAUACUACCUUCAUUAAUACCGCAGCUUCAAUCACUUUUAGAUUAUAAGUUUGGAUGUUGUGGAUUAGUAUUACAUAUAAUACAGUUGAUAAUGAAUAACUUAAAAAUUAAUAAUAAUGAUGUUUAUGUCAAUAAAUUAGAAGAAAGACUUACUGAUUUACUAUCAUCACCAUACCACUUAGUUAGAUAUCUAAGUUGUCAAAUUCUUGUCGUCAUAAAUUCAUCAUCUAAUAUUUCUGAGAAAUAUAAUUUAUUUAAAUUGUUAGAAUCUAUAGAAAAAGUACCAGCAUCAUUAAAUGAGUAUAGAGAACGUCUAUUGCGCAUUCAACAUUUAGAUAACAAUGAAACUUUCAAAAAUAAAUAUUCCACUGUUGAUAAUGCUACACAAAUAGUUGUUAAAUUUCUAUUGGGAAAUUUACAUCUUAAUUUUAAACCUGUUUGGGAUCCAGUUUCUAAAUUAAUAGUUUCUCACAGUAAAACAUCAAAAACUUUUUGGCCAGUUUAUGAAGAACACUUAAAAUUAACUACUACUCCGGAAAACUAUAUUAACAAAAAUAUAGAAGCAAAUGACAAAUUUACAAAUGAUUUUUUAAUUCAAUAUUGUAAUAAAGUGAAUAAUACUUCAGAAAGAGUAGACAUUAAUAAUUAUAGAAUUUUACUAUGGAAUACCAUGUGUGAUUUCCCAGAUCUUAUUCAACAAAAAAACAAAGAUGUAGUAAUACAUUUUUUGUCAUUUAUUAACUCAGAAUAUUUGUGCAGCAAUUCAGAUUUAGCUAAUAAAUGGAAUAUUAAACAAAGUUCUAACGAAGAAAAUCUAGAUAAUGAGGAAGAAGAAUGUUUAGUUGAUAAUAAUACUGAAGAACCAACAUCAAAUAAGAAAUCUCUUACAAAAUUACUAUUAGCUCAUUUGAAAUUGAUGUCAACAAUACGUAAUCCUAAAAGUAUAUAUAAAGAUUCUGAAAUAUAUGAUGUUUAUUUGAGCCUAUUAACAAAUAAAAAUGCAGAAAUACAAAAGGCAGCAUUUGACUGUUUAUUAAUGUACAAACAAACACAUAUAGUACCUUACAAGGAAAAUAUUUAUAGCCUUAUCAAUGAAAAAUCUUUUAAAUCUGAAUUAGUUUUAUUUCGAGUGGACUCUGAAAGUGAUAAAAUAUUAGCAGAGCAUCGACCUCUUUUAAUACCUGUAAUAAUGAGGUUAAUUUAUGGAAAAUUAUUAGGAGGUGGAAAUGCUAAAUCUAGUAGUAAGUGUUCAGGACAAAAUCGUAGAACUGCAAUUAUGCGUUUUCUUGUUGGUUGUGAAGAAUCAGAACUCAAAGUUUUUAUGCAAAUGGUAUUUAGGAUUUUACAUCAUCAAAUCGACUUUUCUGAAUGUCCAUUAGAAAUGAUUCAUCAUAUUAUAAACUCAAUAGAUUUAGGACAUGUUUUACCACCUAGACGACUUCUUUCAUCAGUCAACAUGUGUGCUGUGAUAAUGAAACAAUGUGGUGCUUUAACAGGAUCUAAUGGCUUAUAUUAUUUGCUAAGAGUUAUGUUAUGUAUUGGUGCAAAUGUUAAAGCUAUACUAUUAAAUCGCUCAAGUGUUCAUACAGGUUAUUUGAACACAAUAUCUAAAGUACGAGUGACCACUAUAGAAACAUUAACUACUUUUUUUGAACAAUUUGAGCAUUUCUCGUGGAAGAGAAAUUUUUUAGAUGCAAUUUUCAAUGUUUUUGUAGAACCAUCAUUAGUCAAGUUACCUAUUGAAUGUGUUCAACAUCCAACUCCUUUAAUGAAACUCAUGGUUAUUUGGAGUAAAAUUCCUAGAUAUUUUUGUUUAUUGGGUUAUGAAGUAAAUAACAAAACAUCUAUUGAAGUAUUUACUGAAUUAUUGAUUUCUGAUAAAGUUCAAAAUAAUGUGAAGAAAAUUAUUCUUGAAAUCAUUGAUAGGUUAUUAACUUUAGACGGAACUAUAGACGAUGCAAUGGAAAGUGAUAGUCCUCCACUCGAUAUUCCAAUUCCUUCAGUGCUGUUAGAAUGUGAAGAUGAUUUAAAUGUUGGAUCAAAAUUAUUAUACCCACAUCUUUCUACAAUUCUUAAAUAUCUAUAUAAUGAGCUUUCUCAAAAAAAAGGUGUAGGAUUAGCAUCAGUUGAAAUGUCAAUUAUUACCAAAGCAUCAGAAUUAGUAUGUGAUGAACAGUCAAGUUCAAACCUAUUAUCUCUAUUAUUUCCAGUGUUAUUGAAAAAAGCUUCUGGAGAUAAUUCAGCUAUUGCUCCAUUAUUUUCAACUAUUAAUUGUUUGGUUUCAAAUGUUAAUGAUGUUGGAACUUUACCUCGACAAUUAGCUACACUUUUUGGAAGUGUUGUUGGACAACAUAGUAGAAAUAUGCUAUUAGAAUUCACCAAAAUAAUUGCUCAAAAAAGCAAAAAUUGUCGAAUAUAUCAUGAAAUAUUAUAUGAUUUGAAUGCUUGGGAUAAGAGACAUUUAGAACAACCAGACUAUGAUUUGAGAAUGAAUGCAUUGAAACAAAUAAAAUUAUUAAUAGAGAAAGAUGAUAUAUCUGUUGAAUUUGGAGCAUUUGUUAUCUAUAAUUGUUUUUAUAUUUUAAAAAAUGUCAAUGAUAUAGGACUUCGAGAUUCAGCAAGUAUGUGUUUAAAAAUGUUGAGUUGUCAUUUAUGUUUAAAAUAUUCAAAACAAUCAUCUGAACGCUUAUUUAUACUUGAUUCUGUUAUAUUGCCAUCAAUACACAAUGGUAUACAAGGACAUAAAGAGUUGGUUCAGAAUGAAUCUAUUUCACUAUUGGGACAUUUGGCUAGAAACUGCGCAACAGUUCAUUUUGUAUUCAAAGACCUACAACCUUUAACCAAUGAAACAGAUUUAGAAGGUGAUUUCUUUGAAAAUAUUCAACAUAUUCAAACAUAUCGGAAAGUUAAAGCACUUCAUAGAUUUUCUGAAAUUAUGAAAAAAAGUUAUCAAUGUCCUAAACCUAAAACUAUUAUUCAAUUUAUUUUACCUUUGGCUAACCAAUUUUUAUGUAAUCAAAAAUUCACUGGUAAAAAUAGUCUUGUUGAUGCAGCCAUUGAUGCUGUUGUAUUAAUGAGCCGAAUGCUUCCUUGGAAACAGUAUGAGACCUUAUUAAAACUUUAUUUAUCAAAGUUACGUCAAUCAUUAGAAUUUCAAAAGCAAACAGUUCGUAUAGUGUCUGGUAUAUUAGACUCUUUUCAUUUUGAUUUAUCACGAGCAAAUGAAAUAGUAUCAAAAAAUUCACAAAAUUCUCCAGAAAUUAAAAAAAAUAGUGAAAGUAGUUCUUUAAAAAUAACUGAAAAAAAAAAAGCUGAACUUAUGUUUAGUUAUGUGGAUGAAUCCAAAAUGGAAAUUGAUGAAAAUUUUGAUGACAACGAAGAAGAUGAUGACAAUGUUGAAAAAGUUGAGCAAUUAAAAAAAUUAAUUUUAGAGAGAAUACAAGUUUUAUGUCCUUCAACAGCUAAAAAAAUUACCAAAGAAAUUUCCUCUGGUCUUGUUCCUCAAUUAAAUAAAAGCUUAGCUGAGUACUCAGAAUCUGAACGUAGACAUAAAGUGAAUAAAAAACAAGCUGAAUAUGACAAAGAAGAAAUGGAAAUGUUGAAAAUACCAGUUGCUUUUGCAGUUGUCAAACUAUUGCAAAAGCUACCUUCUCACAUGUUGGAAGAAAAUUUGCAGAGUAUUUUCAUGAAACUUUGUACAUUUUUGAAAUCUCGCUUGGAAAGUGUACGAAGAGUUACUCGGGAAACAUUACAAAAUAUUAUGUUAGCAUUAGGCACCAGUUAUAUGAGUAUGCUAUUAAAUGAAAUGACAGCUUUAUUGACUAAAGGUUUUCAAGUUCAUGUUCUUCUUUACACAAUACAUGCAAUUUUUGUUUCAUUGAGUAACCAUUUUGAAAAGGGACACAUGGAUGCAUGCUUGCCUUAUAUUAUUGAAGUUGUGAAAGUUGAUUUAUUUGGUGUUAGUUCUGAUGAAAAAGAAGUCACUAAAAUUGCUGGAAAAACUGUUGAAGCCCGUGGUAACAAAAGUUAUAAUACAUUACAUAUUGCUGCAGAAUAUAUAUCAGAAAAAAAUUUACUGAAUCUAGUUGUGCCUUUUAAAGAUAUUCUUUUCAUGACAUUGUCAUUUAAAAAGAUCAGAAAAUGCAUUGAAAGUUUAAGGCAUAUAGUGACAGGUUUGAUAGAUAACAAGUAUGUUAACAAUGAAUCAUUGUUAGAGUUAGCAUAUGGUAUAGUUUCUCAAAGUAUUCCAGCAUUAAAUGUUGAACCUAAACAAGAACUAAAAAAGAAAGAAAUAGUUAAAAGACCAGACUCAUUUAUUAUUCCUGAAGAACCUAAACGAAGUUCUACAAUAUAUGAUGUAAAAAUGUGUGCUCAAGCAAAUGCUCAUGUAUUAGUACAAUUUGGCUUAACCUUGUUUCAACUUAUGUUAAAACGUGAAAUGUUGAAAAGUGCAACUUUUUCUCCUUUUGUUGAUCCUUUUGUUCCAUUAGUUAUGAAUUCUAUGGUUUCUGAACAUGUUAAGCUCACUACAUUAGCAUUGCAAUGCUUGAACUGCCUUUUAAAACAGGAUUUGCCCUCUAUGAAAGAAAAUAUUGAAGUAAUUUCUGAUAGACUUUUUGAGGUUUUGCAUAAAUACGCAACUGGAAAAAAUUGUAAUGGUGAUAAUGCUGAGCUUGUUAUGUCUGCAUUCAAAACCUUGUCAACUUAUAUUCGAGAAGUGAAAUAUCAUAAACUAAGCGAUGACCGCUUACGUACAGCAGUUUUGUAUGCAGAACAAGAAUUGUCUUCUAUUGAAGAUGGGGGAAAUACAGUUACAACAACUUUCACACUCAUAAAAUCAAUACUUAGUCGACAGCAUAAUUGUCCUGAAUUAAAAGAACUUAUGAAUCAUGUUGCUAAAGCAAGUAUUACAUGUGAACGUGAUGCCGUACGUACUCAAGCUCGGCAAACAUUUUAUCAGUACUUAAUGGAUUAUCCUAUAAAAAAAUCUCUUAAUGGACAUAUACAGUUUUUCCUAUCACAAUUAGAAUAUGAGCUACAAAAUGGAAGAGAAUCUGCUCUUGAAAUGAUAAUAUUACUAGUAAAAACUCUACCUCCUAAUGUUUUAAGCAAUCAUAGCUCAGCAAUUUUUAUAUCACUAAGUGCACAAAUGAUUAAUGAUAGUGUAUCAUCUUGCAAAAAAAGUGCAGCAGAUGCUAUAGCACUAUUACUAGGUAAAUUGGCAAAAAACAUCACAUCGACACUUUAUGAAAUAACUUUAACAUGGUUGAAAGGAGAUAAGGUUAUUCAUAGACAAUUAGGAGCACAAUUAAUAAGUAUUUUUGUAAGUGUUGAAGGAGAAGAAUUUAAACAACGCCUUAAAACCACUCUGCCACUUCUUAGUUCACUUUUAAAACGUAAUACAGUUAUUAAUGGACCCGGUCGUUUUGUAAAAAUUCAUGAAGCUGAAGCUAGUGAUACAGAUUUAGAUCAUUUACUCUUUCAAUGUUUAAUAACUUGUGUUAAUAUUGUUAAUGCCUACCCUAAUAUUUUUACCAAGUCAUCUUAUAGUGAAUAUAUAACAAACAUUGCAAUAUUAAGUCAAGAAUUGUUACGUGAUGAACAUGAGUGGGUUCGACUUGGAGCACUAAAAUUCUUAAAAAAAUAUUUAUCAUCAGUAGACCCAUUAAAAGUGGCAACACAGGCAUCUCAAAAAAUAGAUAAAGAAGAAAAACGUUAUUUGUAUUUCAAUGCUCGACAAAGCGUAAAAAUGUUAUGUUUAGAUUUGGUAGAUCAAAUUAUUCCUGGUCAUGAAAUACUUGAAGAAAUAUUGAAUGAGACUAAAGAAAAUCUUUUAUAUCUUACUGACAUUUUGAAAAAUAUUCGAUCAAAAAAAUUACAGAAUGAAAAAAAUGAAUUAUCUAUUGGAUGGUUGCUUAAGAAUCUUAAUAAACUUAUUUAUAUUGAGGUGUCUAAACAUCCACUUAACUACACUGUGAGAAAAAUAGCAUUUGAAUUUAUUGGUGCUAUGGCUGCUCGUUUAGAGAGAUCUAAGCUUCUUUCAGUUUUAAAAAUUAUUCUAAAACCUUUAAUACGUGAGUUAUCCACAAUGGAUGAUGCAGGUAUUGAUAUACGGCGAAUAGCAAAAAUGGCUUCUUCUAAUAUAAAAAAGAAAUGUGGACCUGAUACAUAUAAUGAAAAUUGUAGUAUUGUACAAAGAUUGCUUAAUGCCAAGAGAGCACUACGAAAGAAAACAUCAUUAUUACAAGUUAUGACUGAUCCUGAAUUAGCAGCAAAAAGAAAAAUAGCAAAACAAACAAAAAAGAAAAUGAGUAAAAAACGUAAGAUAGAAAAAGUCAGACAAAAAAAUAUAAAAACAAGAAUAAAAAAAGAUUUGGACCUCGAAGAUUGUUAAAUUCUGCUUAAUUGACAAUUUUUUUAGUAAAAAUGUGAUUUACUGUUGAUAUUUAAAAUUAUUUUGUCUUUUGUUAUUUUAUAUAAAAUAACACAAUAAAAAAUAGAAUAAAAUUUUUAA